GACCAAAAGCCCACGCGCAGAAAACCCCGUUCUCUCCGGCGUCGUUGCAAACGUUUCGCGAUGAAUCACACCUGGACAAUUCCUCUCCUACUAUUGCUGGCCUUUGCCGCUCUCUACGCCAUCAAUCCGACCGAGUCCAACGUCAUCCACCGCUUUAUCUUCCUCUCCUACAAACAACCAGCCCUCGAGGCUGGCGCACCCCCGCAAUAUGGCAAGGGCCUCUGGGACAUCGCCUUUGUUUCCUUCUACACAAUUGUUCUCUCCUUCACACGCGAGUUUAUAAUGCAAGAAAUGCUGCGUCCCCUGGCUCGUUUCUGCGGAAUCAAGUCGCGGGGCAAGCAGUUGCGCUUUAUGGAGCAGAUGUACACGGCCGUCUAUUUUGGAUUUAUGGGACCGGCGGGUCUGUAUGUGAUGCGCCGAUCGCCGGUCUGGUACUUCAACACAAAAGGAAUGUACGAGCUCUUCCCGCAUCGAACCCACGAAGCCUGUUUCAAGUUUUACUACUUGUUCCAGGGUGCAUACUGGGCGCAGCAGGCCAUUGUCAUGUUGCUGGGUAUGGAGAAGCCACGCAAGGACUUUAAAGAGCUGGUAGCACACCACAUCGUUACUUUGGCUUUGAUCGGCCUCAGCUACCGCUUCCAUUUCACGCAUAUGGGCAUCGCCAUUUACCUGACCCAUGACAUCAGUGAUUUCUUCCUUGCCAUAUCGAAAUCCCUCCAUUACAUCGACGGCCCCAUGACCCCGCCAUUCUUCGCCCUCUCGAUCGGAGUUUGGGUUUACCUACGUCACUAUCUCAACCUGCGUGUCCUCUUCUCGAUCUUGACCGAAUUCCGGACAGUGGGCCCCUACGAACUCAACUGGGAGACUCAACAAUACAAAUGCUGGAUCUCAAACAUUAUCACAUUCGGAUUAUUGGCUGCGCUCCAGUUCCUGAACCUCUUCUGGCUGUAUUGCCUUUUGCGCGUCAUGUACCGAUACCUCGUACACAAUAUCGCGGAAGACGACCGGUCCGAGCCUGAUGAGUCGGAAAUUGAG